GACAAAUAAUUGUUGGUCCGCAGAAAAAGGAUCAGUAAAAAAAAAAAAAAAAGAAAAAAAGAAAAAAAAAAAGCAGCCUUAUUGGCUUUGGUGGAAAAUGGCGCCAUCUUCAUGUCCACGCGGCUCUGUGCAUGCUGGUGGGCUGAUAGGUCAUCCAUUAACUUUCCUUGCAGUCAGUCAAUGAUUAUCGAUUGCAACGAUACAAAGUUCAAUAACAAAUAUCCCAUGAACAUGGUGGAGCAUCAUGUCUUUGAAAACAUUGUCUCGCAGAGUUUUGGUUAAACUUUUGAACCACGGUGUCGUCGCUUCGAGCAAACCGCUCAGUGCACGAGAUGCAGCGGCUGUCGUGCUGGGACGGAGCUCCGCGCGCGGCUACUACAACACCGGGAAACCCAGGUACCCGGGACCCGGCGGGGCGGGCCAUGUGCGGGUGGUGGACCUCCGCAGCGACACGGUGACCAAACCCGGGCCGGGGAUGAGGCAGGCCAUGGCGGAGGCCGAGGUCGGAGAUGACGUGAUGAGAGAAGACCCGACUGUGAACGAAUUACAGAAAAUUGCAGCUGACAUGUUUCAGAUGGAGGCUGCACUGUUCGUCCCCUCUGGCACCAUGAGUAACCUCAUCGCAGUGAUGGUGCACUGCAGGGAGCGGGGCGACGAGAUGAUUGUGGGCGAUCUGUCCCAUUUACACAUCUAUGAGCAGGGAGGGAGCGCACAGCUGGCUGGUGUCCACGCCACCACCGUGACCACUCUCCCUGAUGGAUCGUUUGACUUGAAGCAGCUGGAAUCAAAGAUCCGCCACGGAUACCCCGACCCCCACUACCCCCGCUCGCGCCUCAUAUGCGUGGAGAACACGCACAACAUACAGGGAGGGCGUGUGCUGCCUCUGACCUUCCUGCAGGAGGUUCGUGCGUUGGCAGAUAGCUACGGUCUGUCAGUUCACAUGGACGGAGCCCGAGUGAUGAACGCCGCUGUGGCCCAGGAAGUGCCUCCAUCCACCAUACUGCAGCACACACACACCGUCAGUGUGUGCCUCUCCAAGGGUUUGGGGGCCCCUGUGGGUACCAUGCUGGCUGGACCCCAAGACUUCAUAUCGCGGGCGUUGCGGUGCCGUAAAGCCCUGGGUGGAGGAAUGCGGCAGGCUGGUAUUUUGGCAGCCGCUGGAAAACUGUCUUUACUAGAGAUGGUUGGAAGACUGGAGGAGGAUCACCGUAACGCAAAAACGUUUGCUAGGGCUCUGCUCGACUGUGACCCUCCUCUGUUCGCUGUAGACAUGGUUGCCGUGGAGACAAACAUCUUGCGUUUCCGUAUACAGGAGCCCAGUUUAAGCCCGUCUGAAUUCUGCGCCCGCAUGGGUGAGGUUGGCGAGGGAGAGGAGGCAGCACUGGGACAGGGGAUACAAGUUCUCAUGUACCCACAUUUUGGAAAUUCGGUACGGGCUGUAUGGCAUCUUGGGAUAUCCCCUGAAGACACCCAGCUGGCCAUCCGGAAAAUGCGAUUUGUUGCUUCUCAAUUCUUGAAGAAAAAAAUCCAGGCCCAGUGAAACCUGAUAAUUCCCAAGACAUGUAAACUAAUCACUUAAGCUGAUCAUUCGAAAUUUACAGAGACUAAUGAAAGAUGUCGAAAAUGGGACAAAUACGUACAACAGAGUCACUUUGGAUAUCUGUAUAUUAUAAUGAAUUUUCUUUUAUUCUUAUUAAAUUGAAUGAAAUUCUGGCACUUUAAAAA